UAGUGAUAUUUCCUAUGUGGUAGCACCAUCUAAUGAGAGAAACUGUAGUCAACUGAUUUUAGAGGGAAAGGGGUUGGAACUUUCGUUAUCAUGUGAUACGUCCUCUGAUUUAGUUCCCCUAUCCUUGUCAUUUGAUGGGCUGAAGAGCAACAGUGUAGAUGAAGCAAUGAAUGAGUCCAGCAGUUUUGAUGGUGCUAGAACCUCUUCGAGCCUCAGCAAGUUCCAUUCUGGGGGCAAAAUAUCUGAAAGUGAGUCCAGAAUGGGUCUUCAUCUUGGUUUGUCAGUGGGCUCCUUUUUGUCGGUUACUGGAGAUGUGAAGCAGCAGAAUCCUGCAGAAGGGUCUUCAUCAAAAGCUUCAGCUGAUAGAACUGCACCUGAUAUGAAUGCCGAUGCUGUCAGAAAUAUUUCCAUAAAGAGAAAGCACACUGAUUGCAGUGAUGUUUAUAUUGCUGCUGAUGCUGAUGAUACCAAAGCAAAUAAUGAGAAUGAAGCUUUGCCUAAGAAACCUAGAGCAGAGAGAAAGAUUGAAAUGAAAUCCAAGGACCAGGAGAAUACAUCUGUUCCAACUGAUUCACCAAACUGCCAUGCCUUAAAAUGUUAUCCUAAAAAGGAAGAUGUCGCUUGUGAUAUAAUGAGUAUAGUGAAAGGGACAGCUCGUAAACCUUCUAAAAGAUUUGUAAACAAACAACCCGCUGAUAAAUCUUCAAAAGAAGAAGAAAAUACUGCUGGCUUGAGAGUUAAAAAAAUCAUGAGGAGAGCUGCUGAGGAUAAGGAGUCAUCCAUUGUUGUUCAAGAAUUAAGAAAAGAGAUAAGAGAAGCUGUUCGUAACAAAUCUACAAAAGACCUGGGGCAAAACCUUUUUGACCCAAAACUUCUGGCCGCAUUUAGAGCUGCUGUUGCCAGACCAAAAACUGAGACUCCUAAAAGAUUAUCAUCAACAGCUGUAAAGACAAAAAAGGCCAUACUGCAGAAAGGUAAAGUACGUGACAAUUUAACUAAGAAAAUUUAUGGGGAUUCAAAUGGAAGACGAAGACGUGCAUGGGACAGAGACUGUGAAGUUGAAUUUUGGAAGUACCGCUGCAUGAGAGCUACAAAACCUGAAAAGAUUGAAACUUUGAAGUCAGUUCUUAACCUCCUAAGAAAGAACUCAGAGGGCCCAGAGAUGAAGACAGCAGUUGAUUGUGAGGCUUCAAAUCCUAUUCUUUCAAGAUUAUAUUUGGCAGAUACUUCUGUUUUCCCAAGAAAGCAUGAUAUAAAGCCUCUUGCUGUUCUUCAAGUGACUGAUAACUCAAAAGAGGACACAGAACAAAUUAUUUCAGCGGAAGUGACUUUGAAUUCAUCUCAUGACAACAAUAUGAAAGUUACUGAAAUUAGUUCAUCAAAGGUUGGUGAUGUUAAUGGGAGAAGUCCUAAUGUUACCUGUUCCAAAGGUGUUACUGCUUCUGGUAAAGUAGAUUCAAACAAACUACGAGAAGGACAUUCAGUUUCAUCAUCCAGUGAUGCUAAGGUUAGCUCCCAGAAGGAAAAGAUUCUGAAGUCUGAUGAUGCAAAUAAAGAUAAAAGGAAAUGGGCCUUGGAGGUGCUUGCCAGAAAAAAAGCUUUAGCAGGCAAUAAUAUAACCCAUGAAAAGCCAGAAGACAAUGCUGUACUGAAAGGAAACUAUCCCUUAUUGGCUCAACUACCAGUAGACAUGAGACCAGUAUUGGCACCUAGUCACCAUAAGAAAAUCCCCGUGUCUGUUAGACAGACACAGCUCUACAGACUGACAGAGCACUUCUUAAGAAAAGCAAACUUGCCAGUUAUUUGCAGAACUGCUGUUACCGAGUUGGCUGUUGCAGAUGCUGUAAAUAUUGAAAAGCAGGUAGCGGAUAGGUCAAACAGCAAACUAGUAUAUUUAAAUUUAUGUUCACAGGAGAUAUCACAUCAUUCAGAUAAUGGACGUACUAGUGCCACAGAGUUGGACUCUUCACCCCCUUCAGAGGUUUCUUCUGAUAGGUUAGAACAAACUGCUGAUGAAUCUUCAACUGAUCCUACAGUAGUUGAAGCAUUGAGGACUGCAGGCCUUUUGUCUGAUUCACCUCCAAAUAGUCCAUGUCAGAAGGUUGAGGUAUCAGAUGUUGAUGAUUCCUUCUGUUCCGCCAGAGUGGAAGGGCCUGAUAACAUAUUUGAGAUGGAUUCACAUCCAGAUGUCGAUAUUUAUGGUGAUUUUGAAUAUGAUUUGGAAGAUGAAGACUACAUUGGUUCCACUGCAAAAUUGAAUAAGCUGCCAGAAGAAAGUGGCUCAAAAAUGAAAGUAGUUUUCUCCACUCUUAACUCUGAAAGAUCCUCAGAAAUUAUCGGGACAUUGGGAAGUGUUGAGGUACCUAGUGAUUCUCCUUGCUUGCAGCCGGGUCAUGCUGAUACUGAGAUCAGAAGCUCAACUGUCGAUGGUGGGACAGAUAAGUCCUGUGUGUCUUUCCAAUCUAAAGCUGUUGAAGAAGGUGAGGAGCUUUCUCUGGCAGAAUGUGAAGAACUAUAUGGCCCUGAUAAGGAACCACUUGUAAAUAAAUUUCCAGAAGGAGAAUCUUCACAGCUAUAUUGUUUGGUCAAUGCAGCAGUACAUGCUGGGAAACGAGUUCCUGAAAACAAUGACAAUGAUAUACCAAACCAACUAGUAAAGGUAUCGAAACUUGGAAGUGAGAGUGCUGCGGCCAAUGUAACUGUUGCCACCAAUUGUCAUAACACUGUAGGUGAGGAAAAUUUGUCAGAUGAGAUUCAAACCAGUGAAAAUACCCGCAGGAAGGAAAAGAAGCUAAGUGUUGAUACUAACAAGCAAUCUGUUGUAAUUAACUCUAUAUCCAAAAAGGUGGAAGCUUACAUCAAAGAACAUCUCAGGCCACUGUGCAAAAGUGGUGUGAUUACAGCAGAACAGUACAGGUGGGCUGUGGCAAAAACUACUGACAAGGUUAUGAAAUAUCAUUCAAAUGCCAAGAAUGCAAAUUUCCUGAUUAAAGAGGGUGAGAAGGUGAAGAAACUUGCAGAACAAUAUGUGGAAACUGCACAGCAGAAGAGCGAUCUUGUAUGAUCAGUCAUUUGAAGAAAAAAAAAUGAUGUUUGAACCUACCUUCAUGUUAAGAGGAGCGAUGGUAUAUCAUAAGGUAAAGUAGUUUUCCUGUCAGGAAUCCAACAAAUCUAAUGCUCAGCUUGUUCUUCCUUCCCCUAUUUAUUGCUGGUUAGGGGAUUUAUACCGAAUGCAUCCUUAAAGCUUACAUUGUAAAAGGUGGCACUUCAAACUCGCACCAGGAAUAAUUAUAUGGUUUAAGUCCUUACAAAGCAAGAUAUGUAUUAAGCGGCAUGAAUUUUGCCAACAGAAACUAAAGAGAGUGUAAAUUUGUCACAGAAACUUCAAAGAGAAUACAAUAUGAUUAAACUUUUUUGUAGA